AUGGUCAACAACAUAACCAUGUCAUAUGGUCCCUUGAUUCGGAACCUACAAUGGAUAAUUCCACCAGACGAGACCGUAGCCAAAUUGCGGACAUUGUCGGUCUGGAUCGGCGAACAUCCCGAUGGCGGCGAUGCCGCAGAAGCCGUUAGGCUUCUCAUUAAAGGCACGGAAGGGCUUCAACCGCCCAUAGAGAUGAUUGUAAUCACAACCCAAACAUCAUUUUGGACGUAUUCCCUCGCAUCUAUCGUCCAGGCCGCAUCGUAUCCUUCAAUUAAACACACUCAAAUCCGGCUUUACGACGACAACGUCCCUCGUUUACAGCAAGCCCUGUAUUAUUUUCAAAACGAAAGCUUGCACGGUCCCCCAACUUACAGCCACCUCACUUUGCCGAUGGACUCUCUCGUAUUCAAUGGCAAGCGAAAUUCUACCAUUUUGCCGGUUGUAAAUGCUAUGCGCAACCACCUACGUAAAGUCUACGUGGUACCGCCAUGGGAUGGUGAUGCUUUCUUGAAGCAUCAGAUUAUGAUUUUCGACGAAAUCAUAAUCAUCCUGAGCGCUUUGGAUGGUCUAGACAAUGUAUAUCUUCCACCAGGCUUUUUUGAUCAGGAGUACCUUGAAAAUUUCAUGUACGACGCCUUCGUCAGUCGUGGGAAUACAGUUCCGACAAUUGAGUGGUGGUAA